AUGCUAUGUGCAGUGUUUGUCUCGUACGUGGAAGUUUAUAAUGAAGUUUGCUAUGACCUCCUCGAUGAACCACUGGUCCGGGCAGAUGGUACCAGGACUUUGGCGGGCAAGGAAAUACGGCUUGGCGCAAAUAACAUGUUUUAUGUGGGUAACAUCAUUGAAGUGGAAGUGGAUUCCAGCGAUGAAGCACUGGAACAGUUCUAUAAAGGUCAGGAAAGACGCCGUGUUGCGGAUACCCUGUUGAACAAGCAGAGCAGCCGUUCCCAUUCAAUUUUCAAUAUUCGAGUGGUGAUGGCCCCGUGCCGCGGAAAUACGUCUUAUCCGGAUUCCGAUCUCUCCAAAAUGUACGUAACUCAGUUGUCACUUGUCGACCUGGCUGGUUCGGAACGAACCAAACGAACCGGAAACGAAGGAGUACGUCUGGUUGAAAGUGGCAAAAUCAACCAGGGCCUUGCAGUUCUUCGGCAAUGUUUCGAAAAACUUCGGUAA